AUGGAUCACAUUUUACAGACUCUGUCCGGGUCAGAGAUGAUGUCGAUGUUGGAUGGUUUUUCUGGUUACAACCAGAUUUCUAUAGCAGAGCAUGAGCAACACAAGACAAUGACAGAUCAUUUUCGGGAUUUGAGUGCAGUACUGCAGCGUUGUCGUAAGCAUGGGAUUUCUUUGAAUCCUAAGAAAUCAGUUUUUUGCAUCACGGAGGGCAAAUUGUUAGGACAUAUUGUCUCGAAGGAGGGAGUCAGGAUUGAUCCCGAGAGAGUUAAUGCAAUUCAACGUCUCAGUUUACCCUCUAGCUGGACUGGAGUAAGAUCGUUCUUUGGUCAAGUGAAUUUCUUAAGAAGAUUAGUUCCAGAGUUUGCUGAGACCACAAAACACAUUGUCGGCUUGCUAAGUGAGAAACAUCCUUUCAAGUGGACCGAAGAGGCCAAAAAUUCUUUUGAAAGAAUUAAGGGAUCAGUUGCAAAUGCGCCCACUCUUGUUAAUCCAAAUUUCACAAAGGAUUUCAUUUUGUAUUGCUAUGCAUCAGAACAUACUAUGUCUGGGAUUCUGUUACAGUUGGAUGAAUAUGGGGCUGAAAUGCCCAUAGCGUUCAUGAGUACUCUACUCAAGAAGAAUGAACUUAAGUAUUCACCUAUGGAGAAGCAUGCAUAUGCUAUUGUAAAGGCCAUGAAACAAUUUUGA